AUGUAUUGUACACGAAGGAAGCGACUCCAACUGAGCCGUGUUCUGUUCCUCAUUUCUGGGGUCUUGAUGUGUUGCGUAUAUCAGUUGACCAUCAGUGCCAGAAUGUCCGAGUCCUGGGCAGCUUCCCAGAUGGGCGAGGAUCCUCAAAUGGUCCCAACAGAUACAUUGGAAGCUCAAACCGAGACUGUGGGGGAAGUGGACCUCAACACUCAUUCCGAAGUGGACGAGCUGUCAGGCCAUACAACACCAGAGGCAUUACCCUUUGAAAUGACUUCUGAUACCACGACUUUGAUGACCACCACAGAGGAUACCCCAUCCACGACUACGAAACGGAUUAUCGUGCACUGCAUCUAUGUGGAUCCGGCACCACCCAAGCCCACAGAGGCUCCCACAUCCCCGCCAACAUCCGCUGUUCCCAACACCACGCUCUCGGCCCCAGGGGAUGCCCCACACAUAAAGGGAGACUACCCCCAGGACCUCUUCACUGUGGAAGAACGUAGGAGUGGCUGGGUGAUCCUACACAUCAGUGGGAUGAUCUACAUGUUUGUUUCCCUUGCCAUCGUGUGUGAUGAGUUCUUCGUUCCAGCCUUGGGAGUGAUUACAGACAAACUGGCCAUCUCCGACGACGUGGCUGGAGCGACCUUCAUGGCUGCAGGAGGCUCUGCCCCGGAACUCUUCACCUCCCUGAUUGGUGUCUUUAUCUCACAUAGCAACGUUGGCAUCGGCACCAUCGUGGGCUCAGCGGUCUUCAACAUCCUGUUUGUGAUUGGCAUGUGUGCCGUCUUCUCCAGAGAGAUGCUCCAUCUCACCUGGUGGCCUCUGUUCCGGGACGUGUCUUUCUACAUCAUCGAUCUGAUCAUGCUCAUCAUUUUCUUUCUGGAUAAUACCAUCAUGUGGUGGGAGAGUGUUAUGCUGGUGGGUGGGUACACUUCCUAUGUGUGCUUUAUGAAGUUCAAUGUACAAAUAGAGCAUGCCUUCAAGUCCCAAAUUAUGAAACACAAGAGUAUUAUGAAAGUCAUCGCCAUCGAGGAACCUGACAAGAACGACGUGGCAUCAGUCGAAGAUAACCCACCUCCCGAACCAGAUAACAAGAAUCGACUGAAGUUGAAGCCAGCCCUUCAGCGAGGCGGCAGCUCAGCCUCUCUGCACAACAGCACCAUGAGGACCACCAUCUUCCAGCUGAUGAUCCACACGCUAGACCCUUUAGGUGAAGGAAAGUUUAAGGAAAAGGCAGAGAUUCUGAACAGCAUGGCCAGGGGGAAAGUGGAGACACAAACCAAAUCUGACGAGGGAGAAAAAAAAAGCGAUCCGCCCAAAGAGCCUGCGGCUGCCCCGCCUCCGGCCGAGGAGGAGCAGGUGAAGGAGCAGCCUGGGGGCCAGAAGGAUGAUGAGGAGGGUGAGGGAGAGGGUGGCUCUGACAGCUCUGAUGACAGUGAUGAUGAGGAUGACAGCGAAGAGGACAGUGAUGAAGACAGUGAGGAUGAGGAAGAAGCUGAGGAUGAUGCCGUUGAAGACAAAGAGGAUAAUGAAGAUGAAAAUGAUGAACCUUUGUCUUUAGAGUGGCCAGAAACACCACGUAAACAAGCCACCUAUCUUUUCCUGCUGCCCAUAAUCUUCCCUCUGUGGCUGACCGUUCCUGAUGUUCGCAACCCAAAAUCCAAGAAAUUCUUUGCGAUGACCUUCCUAGGUUCUAUUGCAUGGAUUGCUGUGUUUUCCUAUCUCAUGGUGUGGUGGGCGCAUCAGGUGGGUGAGACAAUCGGCAUCUCAGAAGAGAUCAUGGGUCUGACCAUCCUGGCGGCAGGAACGUCCAUCCCCGACCUCAUCACCAGCGUGAUUGUGGCCCGGAAAGGUCUGGGAGACAUGGCCGUCUCCAGCUCUGUGGGAAGCAACAUCUUUGACAUCACAGUGGGCCUGCCUGUCCCAUGGCUGAUGUACUCUAGUUUCCAUGGUUUUGCUCCAGUGCAGGUCAGCAGCAAUGGGCUUUUCUGCGCCAUCGUGUUGCUCUUCCUCAUGCUCCUCUUCGUCAUCAUCUCCAUCGCCGCCUGCAAGUGGAAGAUGAACAAAAUGCUGGGCUCCACCAUGUUCCUGCUCUACUUUGUGUUCCUGGUGCUCAGCGUGAUGCUGGAAGACCGCAUCAUCGUGUGCCCUGUGUCCACCUGAGAGCGCCGGACCAGAGAAGACCACCACUUCCAGUAGUAUACAUGUCUGGAGAGGGGUUAGGCUCUGGAGAUCUACAGAACAUGUGAAAAUCGACAUACUAUACUGGCUCCAUAUCGAUGACCACUGCAGUAUGUCAGCAUACACAGGCUAUGGCACUCAAUGUACAUUAGGAUACU